AUGCCAAGGCUCCUGACUGUUCCUGUUUCUAGUUUCACAGGGCCAUCUGAAGACAGCCUGUUGGUUCCUUGUACUCGUAUCUUCCUAUCUAUUAACAGUACCACCGUCUUCCCAGAACUCAUCAGCUGUGACUCUGCAAUUAACCUGACAUUUCCCAAAUCACAACUUGCUGUGAAUGAUAUAUUUACGUCUCUCCAAGAGAUUGCUGGAGCUAGGACCCUCAUGAGACAGUUUAAGUCUGUCUAUGUUCCUGGAAAUCAUACCCAUCAGGCAUCCUAUAAACCACUGUUGAAGCAGGUUGUGGAGGAAAUAUUUAAUCCUGAGAAGCCAGAUCCUACUGACAUUGAACAUACAUCCUCAGGCCUCACUGAUCUCCUUAAAACUGGAUUCAGCAUGUUCAUGAAGGUGAGCCGGCCCCAUCCCAGUGACCAUCCCCUCUUGAUCCUCUUUGUUGUGGGUGGCAUCACAGUCUCUGAAGCCAAAAUGGUCAAAGACCUUGUGGCAUCUCUGAAGACAGGAACCCAGGUGAUGGUGCUGUCCACAAGACUCCUGAAGCCACUUAACAUUCCUGAGCUGCUCUUUGCCACUGACCGGCUACACCCAGACCUUGGCUUCUGACAUCUAAGAGAAGAUAGGACCUGUAUGAACUGGAAAUACCAAUACCCAUCUGUCACCAUUCCAGAUAUGCCUCCAAAUCCAGUGUCUGCAUUACUAAUUAUAGGUAUGACUUAAUUCGACCAGAGCAGUCUUCAUAACCAUGCAGAAGGCAGUGUUUGGACUGCCCCCGUUCUUCAAAAGUGAAAUAAAGACUUGCGUGUUCAUUCUUUUUCUAAAGGUGUCAAGCUGUCUUUAGCUGACUUCACCUACAGGCCCUCAUUUAACCUCUCCCCUAUUGUAAUCUUCCUGGAGCUGCCUGCAAGUCCCUUAGCUCUGGGUAGAAACCUGCCGGCAAGUAGUAGUAGAGAUAAGCAUUAUGGUUUGGAGUUAGUCAAGGGAAGUUAAAUGUGCUUAAUUUCCUGCUUAAGGAAAUGAGUCUUUGUGAUUAUUAAGUGACAGAGGGAUGCCACAGACAGAGCCUGGGAUUGUGUUUCUCUCCAACUCCAAGACAUUUCUGAAAGACAAGGAAAGGGGGGACAGCCUGACCAGCACUAGCCUGGUGGCCUCCAUGAGUGGUAAAUCACCUCAGGAGUAACAAAGGGCUGCUUUGUUCCAGCUGGUUCAAGGAGCAGGGCAGCCCUCCACUUGGAACAGCAGUGGGAGGGACAGCGAGGGAGACCAGAGGGCUGUCCCUGAUGAAGAUGGUUUACUCCUGUCCAGAGGAAGCCCCAAGCAGAAGACAUUCCCUCCCAGGGAGUGUAGGCUGGAACCCCAACCCCCAAUCUGAAAUCUGUGAUUUCAGAUUCCUACUGAAAUAGAAAGCCUUCAUCUGAGACCUUACAUUUUUUUUUCUGGUCAUAACAGAAAAACCCAGACGCAUCUAGUGAAAUUAUAUGAGCACUCUAGGGAAAAGGAAAGAAAGAACUGCUUGGAACCCAGACAUCACUUAUAGGUACAUGGCCAGUGGGAGUUCCUGGCAGGAGUAAUGGAUGUCUGAAAUGAGACAAAGCUGAAUACAGUUUCUAGUGUGGAUUAAGCAGGAAGACAAAAUAAAAUAUAAACCAAGGCAUGGCUGUACAUCUUACUUCUCUGUUAAAUGCUGUCGUUUUAGGGAAGUAGAGAAAAAAAGAACUGUGAAUUUAGAAUCAUUUUGAGAUCAAUGAAGCUGAUUUUCAUGAAAUAAUAUGUUCAUUUUCACUCCCAAGUGUGCUUUCUAUCUUCUCCAUUUCUUUAAUGGUGCCGAACUAUAAGGCAACUCUUUUUUAAAUCCCAUUAAGGUAAAAGACUUACAUUGAAUGAGAAAAAAUGGCAUUAACCUCAAAGAAAUAUGUAUGGAGAGUAAGUACUUUGUAAAAUAAAGGAGUUUAAAGUAACCUAC